AUGGAGCGGCCGCGGGGCGAGCCGCCGCCGCGUCGCGAUCGCGACGCGGAGUACCCCCCGCCCGGACCGAGCGCGAUCGACUGGUCCGAAUCGCGCCUCAGCGCGCUGCCGUUCGCGCGCGCGGCGUCGCUCCAAAGUACUUACGGCGCGGCGUCGUGGCAUCGCGUCUCGUCGUUGAACGUGUCGAGAAACGCGCUCCUGAAGCUAUCCGGGAUGCAUCUCCUCCCGCGCCUGGAGCACCUCGACGCGAGCGCGAACCGGCUCGUGACCCUGGGGGAUCUCGGGCGCACGAACCCGGGCCUAUUGUCCCUGGACGCGUCCGAUAACUCGCUCGUCUCCAUCGCGGGGCUGCGCGGCUGCAAAGCGCUGACGCGGCUGUCGCUGCGUAACAACAACAUCCGCGACGUCGACGUCGCGACGACGCGCGAGUUACGCGCGCUCGAGACGUUGGACCUCUCGCGCAACGCCCUGGAGUCGCUCGGCGACCUCGCCGGGUGCGUCCGCCUCGCGACGUUAGACCUCAGCCGCAACGCGAUCGCGUCGCUGCGCGGCGCGGCGUGGAAGCUCCCGCCGUCGCUGCGCGCGCUGAAUCUCGGCGUCAACGACGUCGUCGACGUCGCGGAGGCGCGACACCUCGCCGCGUGCCCGCGCCUCGUUUGGCUCGUCCUCCGCGGGUGCCCGCUCGAGGAGAUCGCGCGGAUGGUGCGGUUCGACCACCGCGCGGUCGUCGCGUUCGCGCUCCCGCGCCUCGUCGCGCUGGACGGCGAGGCGACGAGCGUCGCGCCGUGGGCGGCGGUGGCGCGCGCGACGCUCUUCAGAAACGAUCGCGGCGAGCUGUGCGCGGAUCUGCUCCGGCUGCUCAACCCGGAGGAAGAUGGAACGUCAACCGUCGCGCGCGCGUCGCGAGGCUUGCACGCGUACCUCGCGUCCGCCGCGCCAUCGCCAUCGCCCGCGACGACGGGCCCCGAAGGCGUCGCGAGAUCGCCCGGGGAAGAGGCGACGGCGACGGCGAGCGCGGCGCGGACGGAUCUCUCCGCCGCCGCCGCGCUCGUGGAGGACGGGCUGUACAAGGGCGGCGGCGGCGCGCGGACGCGGUUCGGGUUGACGUCCGGGCCGGACGCGGGGCCGCGCGGAGGGUCGAUGUACACCACGAGCGCGUUCGUGAGCGUGGACAUGUGGGAGCCCGCGCCGGAGGUGCCGCCGACGCCGGAGGCGGGGGAGGAUCUCGCGCGGCGGCGGCGGCGGAGGGAGCGAACGGUCUCGCCGUCGCCGUCGUCGCCGUCGUCGUCGGAGGCGACGACGACGACGACGCCGGCGCAGAGCGCUCGGAAGACGAAGGAGAAGGAGGGGGACGAUAUCGACCGCGAGGACGUCGACGACGUCCGCGCGGCGUUCGCGCUCGCCGUGCGACGGACGCCGCCGACGACGGCGGCGGCGAUCGAGCCGCGCGCGGCGUCGGCGUUGGAGCGACGCGAGAUGGACGCCGCGCGCGUCGCGACCGGCGCCGCCGCGCGCGCGGCGAUCGCGGAGCGAGAGGCGAGCGCGCUUCGAGAGAAGCUUCGUCGCGCGGAGGAGGACCGCGCGAGGCUCGAGAGGGAGGCGAAAGACGCGGAGCUGCAACGCGUCAACUACGCGCGCGCGGCGUCCGUAGACAGCGGCGGCGUGAGCGAGACGGACGCGUUCGAGGGCACCGCGGGGGGGCACCGAAGCGCGUACGCGUUCGCGUCCGCGCCGGAUACCGCGCUCGGGGCGGCGGCGUACGAGGUGGAGACGCCGAGCGCGAGCCCGCAGGUGAUGAAAACGCACGCGUCGCGGCUGUUACUUCCGCAAAGUGAACGAGGCGAAGACGACGACGACGACGACGACGACGACGACGACGACGCGCCGGAUAGCGCCGCGGCGUCCGAGAGCCUCCGCUCGGCGUCGAUCCUCGGCGAGAGCUUCCGCGUGGGCGUUCCCGGCGAUCUCGCGCGCGGCGACGCGUACGCGAACGACCUCAUCUUCGAGCUCGGAUUGACCCCGCUCGCGGCGACGGCGACGGGCGCGUUCUCGCCGCCGCCGCCGCCGCCGCCGACGCCCGGUCUCUCGCCGCUGCCGCUCGACGUUCUCGACCUCGGAGCGAACGCGACGCCGGCGUCGACGCAGUCGCAGCGCGCGCGCCUCGCCGCGGCGAGACGCGCGCGGACGAUGUCGAGGGACCUCGACGUCGGCUCCGCGCUGCGCGAGGAGGCGGCGACGCCGGCGUCGCGCCCCGGGGGGCUGUCGCCGACGCAGAUCGCGAAGUUGACGGGCGCGAAGCAUCCUUUCGACGGCGGCGGCGAGCGCGUGCGGUCGCCCGACGAGAACCGAGCGCCGUCGUCCUCCCCCGACGACGGGAACAAGGACAAGGCUGUCCGCGAGUGGCUGUUCUCCCCCGAGCGCAAGCGCGCGGACGGGGAGUCGAGCAGCACGCCGUGGGACGAGGAGUCGCUGCUUAGCAGCGUCAGCGGGGAGCGCGCGGUCGCCGUCGCGGUCGCGGCGACGGCGCCGGCGACGGUCGACGCCGCGAGGCUGACCGGCGCGCCCGCGGGUCCGUCCCCGGGCGCGACCGCGGCGGCGAGGGUUUUGACCGGGAUGAAGACGAGCGCGGACGCGGACGCGGCGCAGGACGCCGCGCUCGAGAGGCUCUUCGAAGCCGCGGACGACGACGAAGACGACGACGAAGAAGAAGAAGACGAAGACGAAGAUGAGGACGAUGAAGAUACCAGGGAAUCCAGGGAGUACGACGACGAGCGCUCAGACGCGCUGUCCGACCUCCCCGACCCGUCGCAGUUCCGCCUCUCCGUCGCGUCGCAGCGGUCGUGGUCCGCGGCGAUGGCUGCGUCGUCCGAGGGGGGCGACAGCGGCGGAACCGCGACGGGACAGGGACCCGGGACGGAGUACACCUCGGACGACGGCGACGCGUCGCAGUACAGCCUUCCGAACGCGGACCAGUGGCUGAAGUCCGCGACGGUGGAGUAUAACCUCACGAAGCUUGCGCGAGGGGCGGGGGAGAUUGUGGAUAAGGCGGCGGCGGCGGCGGCGGCGGCGGAGGAAAACCAAAUCCAAAAAGACCCGUCGCCGAAACCGCCGCCGGCGCCGUCGGACCGCGCGCGCGCGGACGACCUUCGCGCGCGCAUCGAACGCCUCCGCGCGAUCGAGCGGAAAGAGCAUCGCGGCGUCGUCGUCGCGGACUUCGACUUCGACUUCGACGACGACGACAGCGACGCCACGAGCGGCGUGUCCAUGCCGAGUCUCUCCGCGUCCGCGGCGGCGUUUCGAGUCGCCGCGGAAACGUCGGACGACUCCGCAGACGUCUCCGACGUUUUCCCCGGGACGACGCCGGACCAGUGGAUGCGAUCCGCCGCGGCGCAGCGGUCGUGGGGGGUGGGGCUCGCGGGUAUCGAAUCGGGCGGGGGGUUGCCUCCGACGCCCGAUGUCCCUCGGCGCGGGGUGGCGGCGGCGGCGGCGACGACGGCGACGGCGGCGGAAACUUCCGGAGAAAUCGAGGCGGCGGAGACGAGUUCAGAUCUCGGGAGCAUUCGCGUCGUCUCCCCUCGCGGCGGCGCUUCGGGUUCCACGCGCGCGAAGAAGAAGAAGAAGAAAGGUCGCCGGUGA